AUGGUGUCUGAGAAGUGUAUUUUGGUGGUUCUUUUGCUGCAGCUCUGUGGUGUUGGUUGUGGAUUCUGUGGGAAGGUUCUGGUGUGGCCUUGUGACAUGAGCCAUUGGCUUAAUAUAAAGAUCAUUCUGGAGGAACUCACAGAGAGAGGACAUGAAGUAACAGUGUUGACGCCUUCAAAUACUUGGCUCAUUGACUACAAGAAACCUUCCCAACUGAACUUCGAGGUAUUGCUUCCAGGAUAUGACAAAGAAUUAAUGAAGAAAACAAAUGAUAAAUUUGUAGACCUAAUUAUUAAUGUCUUGCCAAAGGUAACACUCUGGCAAUCAAUGAUAAAACUGAAAGAAUUUUUUAUUGAAAUAACUGAAUAUUUAAAAAUCCUAUGUGAGAGUGUAGUCUACAAUCAGACACUCGUGAAGAAGCUUCAAGAAACCAACUAUGAUGUAAUGAUUAUAGACCCUGUGAUGCCCUGUGGAGAGCUGGUUGCUGAGCUGCUAGAAGUCCCUUUUGUGCUCACAUUAAGAAUCUCUUUAGGAGGCAUAAAGGAGAAACAUUGUGGGAAAAUUCCAAGUCCACCUUCCUAUGUACCUGUUCCGAUGAUGGGCCUAACAGACCGAAUGACCUUUCUGGAAAGAGUUAAAAAUACAAUAUUUUCAGUUUUCUUUGACUUCUGGAUCCAGGAUUACGAUACUCAUUUUUGGGACCAAUUUUAUAGUGAGGUAUUAGGAAGACCCACUACAUUAUGUGAGACUCUAGGGAAGGCUGAAAUUUGGCUAAUUCGAACAUAUUGGGAUUUUGAAUUUCCUCGUCCAUACCUACCUAAUUUUAAAUUUGUUGGAGGAUUGCACUGCAAACCUGCCAAACCUUUACCUAAGAAAAUGGAAGAAUUUGUCCAGAGCUCAGGUGAAGACGGUGUUGUGGUGUUUUCUCUGGGUUCAAUAAUCCAAAAUCUCACGGAAGAUAAAGCCAAUUUAUUUGCCUCAGCCUUUGCCCAGAUUCCACAGAAGGUUUUAUGGAGAUACAAAGGAAAGAAACCAGCCACAUUAGGAGCCAAUACUCGGCUUUAUGAUUGGAUACCCCAGAAUGAUCUUCUUGGUCAUCCCAAAACCAAAGCUUUUCUCACUCAUGGUGGAAUGAAUGGGAUAUAUGAAGCUAUUUAUCAUGGGGUUCCUGUGGUGGGAGUUUCCAUAUUUGGUGAUCAGCAUGAUAACAUUGCUCACAUGAAGACCAAAGGAGCAGCUAUGGAGGUGAAUAUGAACACAAUGACCAGUGCAGAUUUGCUCAGAGCUUUGAGAACAGUCAUAAACGAUCCUUCUUAUAAAGAGAAUGUGAUGAAGUUAUCAAAGAUUCACCAUGAUCAACCUAUAAAGCCUCUGGAUCGAGCUGUCUUCUGGAUUGAGUUUGUCAUGCGCCACAAAGGAGCCAAGCACCUGAGGCCAGCCGUUCAUGACCUCACCUGGAUUCAGUACCACUCUUUGGAUGUGAUUGGAUUUCUGAUGGCCUGUGUGGCAUUUGCUGUAUUCUUGGUCACCAAAUGUUGUUUAUUUUCUUAUCAAAAAUUUGGUAAAACAGGAAAGAAGGAAAAGAGGAAAUAG